AUGAGUGCAUUCAAUCAUGCUAAGUUAGCGGCGGAUUUCCGCCCUUUCGAUGCUAAUAUUUCGGGGAGCGUUUACCAGGAAGGAUUAGCGGCUGUAUACAUACCUGCUGAUUCCCCACCCGCUGUAGCCUUACCUGCUGAUUCCCCAUCGGCUGUAUCCAUACCUGCUGAAUCCCCGUCUGCUAAGCCCCCGCCGCCUGAAGGGGAUAGCCCUCUCGUCGCUUUCGAUCGCGUAUUCGCCACUCUGGUCUCAUUCCAACAAAAAGGUCGAUUUUCGUUCGCCAAUGUCGCGACGUUCAAUGUCGACCCCUCAGUUACCAGCGCCUCCGUCGCCACGCGCUACAAGCUUCUCUCGCUGCCCGUUCCACGUGUGCCCGAGAAUCUGACGUGGCCCGAUAUGUACCCUGUUUGGGUGAACGAAUCUGACGCAUCCUGCCCGAGAUUUCCUGAACUGGACUAUCCAGAUUGGCUGACCAGCAUCGACGCCAUUGUCGCACAUGUGCCCUGCGACGAGCCUAGCGAUUCCUGGGCGAAGGAUGUUCGCUGGCUACACCACCUUCUCACUAUAACAAGCUUCGUCACAAAGGCGAAUCGCACGUGGUUACCAGUGGUGUUGCUCUCCGCAUGCCGCCCGCCGCCCAACCUCUUCCACUGCUCGCGACUCGUGACGCGGGAGGGUGACACGUGGCUGUACAACCUGACGGCCAGUGACAUGCUGACACGUGUACAGCCCCUGGGAUCAUGCGCCUUGGCUCAGCCUAUCAACAGCAAGGUGGCAGCCAACCAACGCGUCGCGUAUGCUACAGUGCUACACUCGUCGGAUCGCUACGUGUGUGGCGCAAUAGUACUGGGGCAAAGCAUAAGGAGGACGGGCAGCAAACACGAGAUGGUUGUGCUUGUAUCGAAGGAGAUUCAAGAGGAGAGCAGGCGAGGGCUCAAGGAGGCGGGGUGGACGGUGAAGGAGAUUGAGAGGAUUCGCAACCCCCACGCACUCAAUGGGACUUAUAACGAGUGGAAUUACAGCAAGCUGCGGCUGUGGCAGCAGACGGAGUACACCAAGCUGCUCUUUAUUGACUCGGACCUGCUCCUCUUGAACAGCAUUGACUUUCUCUUCUCCUACCCCGAGAUCUCCGCCCGCGGAAACGACGGCACAGAUUUCAACUCAGGCGUGAUGGUCUUGGAGCCGUCGGAUUGCAUGUUUGAGCUGCUGAUGGCAAAUCUGGAGCGAGUGCUAUCGGAGAAUGGAGGGGACCAGGUGAGACCAUGUUGUUAUGUCAUGUGA